AUGCACACACACAUCCCCCUCAUCAUCACCACCUCCUCUUUACGAAUCAUAAUGGAAACGCUCGCUACACCCAUUUUUCUCCUUUUAUUACUCUCCAGUUCUUACUCACUAAGAGCAGCUGACGCCGCCGCCGACGACGACCGCGAUCGGCUGGCGACUUACAUAGUCCACGUGCAACCUCCGAAAUCCGCCCCGGCGUUCGCCACCGUCGACGAGCAAAAAUCAUGGUACAAGUCGUUCCUCCCGUCGGGCUCCGCCGACGACCGGCUGGUCCACGCGUACACCACCGUCGUCACCGGCUUCGCCGCCAGGCUCUCCCCGAAAGAGCUUGACGACGCGUCGAAAAUGCCCGGCUUUGUCGCGGCCUACCCCGACCAGCUUUACUCGCUCCAGACGACUCACACGCCGGACUUCCUUGGGUUGACGCUGGCAGGAGGGGUGUGGAAUGUUUCCGACUUCGGAAAAGGGAUCAUCAUCGGAGUGCUCGAUACGGGGGUCUUCCCCGACCAUCCUUCGUUCAGCGGCGACGCGAUGCCGCCGCCCCCCGCGAAGUGGAAGGGGCGGUGCGAGUUCAAUGCUAGCCAGUGCAACAACAAGCUCAUCGGCGCCAGGGCUUUCCUCAGCGGAGCGAAUGCGAUGAAAGGCGCCGGAGUGGGCUCAUCCGCUUCCCCGAUAGACGAGGUGGGCCACGGGACCCACACCACAAGCACGACAGCCGGAGCGGGGGUGCCAGGCGCGCAAGUGCUCGGGAAUGCGAAGGGCUACGCCGUCGGGAUGGCGCCCCUCGCGCACGUCGCCAUGUACAGGGUGUGCGGCCUCGAAGACUGCGCCAGCUCCGACUUGCUGGCCGGCAUGGACGCCGCCGUGGCAGACGGAGCAGACGUCCUAUCUCUUUCCAUCGGAGGACCGUCUGUGCCCUUCUAUGACGACAGCAUCGCGCUCGGCGCGUUCGGGGCCAUAGAGAAGGGGGUGUUCGUCAGCUGCGCGGCCGGGAACGGGGGCCCGGACCCGAGCUCCCUGUCGAACGAGGCCCCGUGGAUCCUCACGGUCGCGGCGAGCACGAUGGACAGGAGCAUAAGGGCGACGGUACGGCUCGGCAACGGCCUCGAACUCGACGGCGAGUCGACUUUCCAGCCGCAAAUGUCGGCCACGACAUUCUACCCGCUGGUUUACGCCGGAGACAGCGGCAAGCCGAGUGCUGAGUUCUGUUACAACGGCUCGUUGGACGGGUUCGACGUGAGGGGGAAGAUCGUGUUGUGCGAGGUCGGCGACGGCGUCGCGAGGAUUGUCAAGGGGGCCGUCGUGCAGAGCGCCGGCGGCGUCGGCAUGGUCCUCAUGAAUGCACCUCCCUACGGAUACACCACCCUCGCCGACGCCCACGUCCUUCCAGCAUCGCACAUCAGUUAUGCCGACGGAUUGAGCGUGCAAUCGUACCUCAACAAAUCAUCCAGUCCGGUCGCAGCUAUCAUCUUCAAAGGCACCGUGCUCGGAACUUCCCCAGCUCCCGCGAUCGCCGGGUUCUCUUCCCGUGGCCCGAGCCUUGCCAGCCCGGGGAUCCUGAAGCCCGACAUCGCCGGCCCUGGCGUAAGCGUCCUCGCCGCAUGGCCCUUCCCGGUCGGCCCGCCGACCGUGACCUCCCCGGGGCCGCAAUUCAACAUUAUAUCCGGCACGUCCAUGGCGACGCCGCACCUGAGCGGAAUCGCCGCGCUGAUAAAAUCCGCGCACCCCGACUGGUCGCCAGCCGCAAUCAAAUCCGCCAUCAUGACAUCCGCCGACGUAGUCGACCGCAGCGGCAACAUGAUAGUCAACGAGCAGCAUGUCUCCGCCGACUUCUUCGCAAUCGGCGCCGGCCACGUCAACCCGAACAAGGCGAGCGAUCCCGGCCUCGUCUACGACCUUUCCGCAGACGACUACAUCCCGUACCUCUGCGGCUUGGGCUACACGAGCGGGCAAGUGACGGUGAUCGCCCGCCGGACCAUCGACUGCUCGUCGGUGAAGAGCAUCGCCGAAAGCCAACUCAACUACCCGUCGAUCACGGUCUCCUUGACGCUGACCUCGUCAUCCAUCGCCGUCCGAAGGACAGUGAGGAACGUCGGGGAGGCGGCGUCGGUGUACGCCGCCGAGGUGGAUUUGUCGGAUCGAUUGCGCGGAAUGGUGGUGCCGAGCAAGCUCUACUUUACCGAAGUGAACGAGGAGAAGAGCUUCUUGGUGAUCAUCUCAAAGAGAGCGAAUAUUAAUAGCGGUGAAGUGUUGCAGGGGUGUUUGAAAUGGGUUUCGGAGACGCGCGUGGUGAGGAGUCCGAUCUCGGUCUCCUUCAUGGACUAA